CGUCGGCAAGCCGCGACCGCCUCGAACCAUCUCGUCUUCGCCUGCUCGCCCCACAGCCACAUCUCGAGCGCGCGCGUGCCGUUCUACACAUCCACAUCUCGGUUCCGGCGAGCCGUGCUCCUCCGCGCCGCGCGGCUCUUGGUGGCGUCCCCGUCGCCAAGCCGGCACCGCGCGAGGCCGGCGGCGGCGGCCUAGGUUUAGCCCGUCGCGGCUUGCGGGGCGCGAGUUGACUCGGGACCGCCGAGCUUCAAUUCGUGCUUCCGAGAUUUGUUCGUGCGCCCGGUUUUCCGUCACUUGAUUUGGCGGUCGCGGAAGCGUCGGAGGAGGGGAGCGCAAGUUAACUCUCUCGAGGCCACGGGCUUCUCGCCCCUCGCGCGAAGCACGCAGGCGCGUACCGUCGCCUGCUUCAAUUAGUUGCAAAUCCUCCGAUUUUCCGGCUCCUCAUGGCUUCAGAUAUCUCUGUUGAUAUUGGGCCUGACUUUAACGCAUUUGAUCUUUUACCGAGUAUGAGAUACAUUGCAACAGAUAGACCUUGGCUGAAAUUAUAUGGAAUAAGAGUUCAGCCUGUACUGCCGUUUAGAAGUUUAAGCAGGAAACCUGAUCCGGCACUCAUUCAUCGUUGCUUACCUGAUGAACUACUUUUCGAGAUUUUCACAAGAAUGAGCCCAUAUACUUUAGGGAGGGCCUCAUGUGUCUGCCGCAAGUGGAAGUAUACUGCACGUAAUCCUACUCUGUGGCGUACUGCAUGCCUGAAAACUUGGCAGAGGAGUGGAAUGGAGGCAAACUACAGGAUGGUUCAGUCAUUGUAUGAUUCUUCUUGGAGGAGAAUGUGGCUGCAGAGACCAAGAAUCCGAUGUGAUGGUCUCUAUGUGAGUAGGAACACAUAUAUUCAUACUGGAGUUACAGAGUGGCAAUUCAAGAAAACCGUCAAUGUGGUUUGCUACUACCGUUAUUUGAGAUUUUUCCCAAGCGGGAAGUUCCUCUAUAAGAUUUCCCCAGAAAAAAUUAAAGAUGUUGUCAAGUGCAUGCAUUUUCGAGCAUCGAAAGGUGAUUGUGUAUUUAAAGGUGACUAUAUACUUUCAGAGGAUGGCCAGAUAGAAAUGGCACUCCUAUAUCCAGGGCAUCGGUACACACUUGUUAGGAUGCACCUUAGGCUUAGAGGCACUACAAUUGGUGCAAAUAAUAGGUUGGAUGUAUUGAAGAUUCUAACUACCGGAGUGAAUGCAACUGAACUGAAAAACUGGAAAGGCAACAUACUUGAACUUGUUGAGGGCUGGGAGGAGGAUGAGACGCAUGAUCCAGACGUGCCUGCUGUUUCCCACAGCCGGGGUUUGUCUCCCUUUGUUUUUGUUCCAUUUGAGGAGGCUGAUACUUCGGUGCUAAACCUCCCGGUGGAGAAGAUGGACUACUUUGUCCCUGGGUGAGCUCCUCAUGAUGAUGAACACGAUGGAGAAUGGAGAUGAUUGAUGAUCCUAUUGCAGACUAAGAUUGUGAUGAUUGAGAUUAUCUGUGAUUUCAUUCCCAGGCUAAACUUAUGUUGGAACAAUAUGUAAAUACAAAGACUUGUUUCAUUUCUUAUUCUGGAUGCUUUAGUGUUGUUGUAUGAAAUAUAAUAAUACGCUAUGUUUGUUGAUACUUGAAAACGGGGCAGGCCGAAGAUAA